AUCUUAUAAAAUGGCGGACUCUCGUUUGUGCUUUGCACUCGAAAUCCUACAAUUUGACAUUUUACAAUAAUUGUUUAUUUUUAAAAAAGAGGUUAAUCAUGUUUAAAAUAAUUAAUCAUUAUUAGUAUAUCGUUUCCAGUUAAAUUUUCAUUCGUAAGUCAAAGUUUGAAGUUUGUGAAGGAAGUUAAGCAGUUCGUGCAUAUUCUAACCCAGUGAACGUUAUUAGUGAUAUUUCUAUAUUUAAGAAGAAAAUAUAUAAUUUUUAAAAUUUAAAUAUUGCUCCCGAGGGAAAAAAUCGAAGUAGAAAUGCCAGCAGCGGUCGUAGGAAAUCCUGAACGUACUGAACAUAUGUUAGAAGCUUUGAAAGCUCACAUUCUCAAUGAAAGGCAGCGUAAAAAACAAGAGCAGGAAGCUGAUGCAGAAGAGGAACGUCAAAGAAAGGAACGAGAACGUCAGCAAAAGCAAGAUGUGAUGACCCUUGGUGAAACGAGAGAUCAAAUUUCAAAUUUGGAAAUUGAGCUUUCUACCUUAAAGGACGAAAAACAUCAGUUAUUUUUACAGUUGAAAAAGGUUCUCAAUGAAGAUGACAAUAGGAGGAGACAACUUAUCAAGGAAACAAACACCUGUUCAGAAAUUAUGUCAACUGCUGGAGGCUACAGAGAUCCAGGAACAGCUGGUGGUGGUUUGUGCAGAAGUCUCCGAGAUCCUGUUUUCACUGGACCGAUGGUACCAACUCAUCAUCCUCUUUAUAAAAUCUUGAGCACUUUACCAGGACAAAUGCCCACAACGCUGAAAAGAACGCGCAGUCCUUCACCACCACCACAGGCUUAUGGUCCUUACGUUUAUACGGCGGCGCCCCUUCAAAAUUAUAAAAAUCCCAUUCCAAAGUCAGAAGCAGAUGCCAGGAGGUCAGGCGAUAAUCGCGCCGUUCUCUGGAACAAAAAUAAUCAAUACCCUCCAUCGAGUUUUUAUUCUACUCAAGGUGCACAAGGCGUCUACAGCUAUUCUGCUCCUACUUCCCAACCUGCUAGAGAACCGGAAGCUGAAUAUAUCACUCUGCAGUCAAUCAUGCAAGAUAAAUAUUACGCUAGGCCGAGCAGUCACGUUACGGUUCACGGAGGAGCGAUUCCGAUUCAGCAACCACCUCAGGGAGCAAAAACGGGUGGAAUAACUUCCGGAUAUCCGGUAAGAGCACCUCAACCUCCUCCUGGUGCUUAUCAGGCGCCACCACCACCACCUCCAGGAACUUACGUCAGCGUUUCCGGGUCAAACGUGCCCACCAGGUUACUUUACACCCAACCAGGAACUCGAUAUCUCCAGCGGGAUGUACAAUAACAUAUUGACGAAGAUUUAAAAAUAUACCUAAUAAAUCCGAAACAAUAA